AACAUGGCGAGAGGGAUGAGAGGAGCUCAUCUGCUCGCGCUACUUUGUACCUUUUCGGGCACGCUCUUCAGGGACGCAGAUGGACAAGGAACUUCUAAUGGCUUGACAAGUUUUAGUUUGAAUCCCCCGUAUUUCAACCUCGCCGAAGUGUCUGGUAUCUCAGCCACAGCAACCUGCGGCCAGGAUGAGACCGGGAGACCGAAACAUGAAUUAUACUGUAAGCUUGUCGGAGGACCGAACAACGGACCUCCUACUCAAAAUAUACAGGGUCAGUUCUGUGACUACUGCACCUCCGCUGACCCCAACAAAGCCCACCCGGUGACCAACGCCAUCGAUGGGACGGAGCGAUGGUGGCAGAGCCCUCCUCUCUCCAGGGGAAUGGGCUACAACGAGGUGAACGUUACCCUGGACCUUGGGCAGCUCUUCCAUGUGGCGUACAUCCUCCUCAAGUUCGCUAAUUCACCUCGGCCUGACCUCUGGGUGCUGGAGCGCUCUGUCGACAACGGGAGAACCUUCAAGCCCUGGCAGUAUUUUGCACAUUCAAAGCGCGAAUGCCUUGAAAUAUUUGGAAAGCAGCCCAAUGCUCGUGUAGUACACGACGAUGACCAGCUCUGCACCACAGAAUACUCACGGAUCGUCCCCUUGGAGAACGGAGAGAUUGUGGUGUCUCUGGUCAACGGUCGCCCGGGGUCCAAAAACUUCACCUACUCGCCGGUUCUGCAAGACUUCACGAAGGCCACCAACAUCCGCCUGCGCUUCCUCCGCACCAGCACCCUGUUGGGCCACCUGAUCUCCAAGGCCCAGAGAGACCCCACCGUCACACGCAGGUAUUACUACAGUAUCAAAGAUAUCAGCAUCGGUGGACGCUGCGUUUGUCAUGGACAUGCACAGGUGUGCGCUGGGGGGCGUUACCCGGACAACCCAAACAGACUCCAGUGUGAGUGCCAGCACAACACCUGCGGUGAGUCAUGUGACCGCUGCUGCCCAGGCUUCAACCACAGGCAAUGGCGUGUCGCCACCGCCGACAGCCCCAACGAGUGUCAUCCCUGCCAGUGUUUCUCCCAUGCCUUUGACUGUUAUUACGACCCAGAGGUGGAAAAGAGGAGAGCAAGUUUAGACACCUUCGGAAGGUACGACGGAGGUGGAGUGUGCAUCAACUGUCAGCAAAACACUGCUGGAGUGAACUGUGAGCGAUGCCUUGAGGGUUUCUACAGACCUUAUGGAGUCCCUCCUGACUCUCCCACUGGAUGCAUACCCUGCCGGUGUGACGAAAGGACUUCAGCCGGCUGUGAGAUGGAGUCUGGGAGGUGUAUCUGCAAGCCACAAUUUGCUGGAGAAUACUGUGAUCACUGUGCUGACGGAUACUAUUACUACCCUCAGUGCAUUCGAUAUCCCGUAUACCAGACGACCACCCAAUCCCCUGCAGGACCCAUUGUGGGGCCCACCGCUUGCCCUCCUGGUUAUUUCGGCUCACCCAGCUGUCAGCAGUGUAUAUGUGACUACAGAGGGACAGCGUACGGGGUGUGCGACGCUACAGGCCGCUGCCUGUGCCGCCAGGGUGUGGAGGGGGAGCGAUGCGACCGCUGUCGACCAGGACGCCACUCCUUCCCAACCUGCCAGGAGUGUGCCUGUGACGGGGCUGGCGUGGCUGACGGCGUGUGCAGUCCGAGCGGCCAGUGUAUCUGCUUUCCCAACUAUACGGGGCAGGAGUGUGACCAAUGUGCGCCAGGCUACUAUGGAUACCCCGACUGUGCUGUCUGUCAAUGUUCACAGGAAGGCUCAUAUGGCAGCAUAUGCAACCCACUGUCGGGUCAGUGUCUGUGUCUCCCAGGGGUGGUGGGCCAGCAGUGUGACCACUGCGCCUCUGGACUCAGGUUCCCCCAGUGCUCAGCCCCCAUCAGUGUGUGUAACCCAGCAGGAACUGAGGUCACUGAUCCUCAAUCGGGCUCCUGCCGCUGCCUAGCCCACGUAGAGGGAACCCUGUGUGACAGGUGUAAACCCCUCUACUGGAAACUGGCUACAGAAAACCCCCGUGGCUGUACGGAGUGUCGGUGUGACGUGAAGGGGACCCUGAGUGGUGUUGGAGAGUGUGAACAGAAAAGUGGACAGUGUCACUGUAAGCCUAAUGCACGUGGACAUGCUUGUGAAACCUGUAAGGAUGGAUACUUCCUGCUGCAGAAAAAGAACUAUUUAGGCUGUCAAGGUUGUCAGUGUGACGUAGGCGGUGCCAUCGACACGGCGUGUGAUGAGAUGUCGGGACAGUGUCGUUGUCGGAAGGACGUAGUUGGCCGUGAAUGCACCGAGCCCGCACCAAGCCACUACUUCCCCACUCUUCACCAUCUGAAGUUUGAGGUCGAGGAUGGCACCACGCCAAACGCCAGACCAGUGCGCUUUGGUUAUAACCCCCGAGAGUUCCCAGAUUUCAGCUGGAGAGGUUAUGCUGUGAUGUCUCCUGCACAGAGUGAAGUCAGAGUAACGGUGCAUGUUGACCGAAAAGAGGAGAGGCCGCACUUAUUCCGCGUGGUUCUGCGGUUCACUAACCCGAGCAGCGCCAGUGUGACCGGUAGCAUCGGGGCUGCCAAUAACAGAGGCGCCGCAGGGUCGGAUCAGAGUAAGGAAGUGAUAUUCCCUAAGAGUCCCUCCCCAUCCUUCCUCACUGUCCCAGGAGAGGGCUUCGCUGAGCCCUUUGAGUUGACCCCUGGGACGUGGGUCAUUCACAUCAGGGCAGAGGGGGUUCUGCUGGACUAUUUAGUGCUGCUUCCCCGGGAUUACUAUGAGGCACCUUUGCUGCAGGAGAAGAUCACCCAGCCCUGCACAUACUUACCCUCUGCUAACAAGGAGACAAACUGUCUGUUGUACAAGCAUGUGGCCAUGGAGGGCUUCAGCGCUGCACUGGGCUCGCAAGGAAAACUCUCCAGCCGCAGCGGGCGCAGGAGGAGGAGGCAGGCUCGUGUGCACCAGCCCACCCCAGAUCACCCUGAGAUGGCCGCUCUCGAUGGCAGACAGUUGCAGCUCCAACUCAGCCUGCGCGUGCCUCGUCCUGGCCCGUACGCCCUUGUCCUGGAGUACGCCAGCGAGGUGGACGCUGUCCAGAAUGUCAACAUGGUCAUCGGCGACCAAUCAGGUGGCCAGACCCCAGCCAGGGCCAACAUUUACAGUUGUGCCUUCAGCUUCUUGUGCCGGAGUGUGGCAGUGGACAUCAGUAAUAAGGUGACGGUGUUGCAGCUCGCGCACAAGACGGAGAUUCUUCUGCAAACGUCCACGACAUCGAUGCUGCUGCACAAAGUCUAUGCAGUCCCCGCGGAAGAGUUCUCCCUUGACUAUUUAGAGCCGAAGGUGCUGUGCGUCUCCACUCAUGGCCGCUUCACCGAGGACAGUCGGCACUGCGUUCUGAGGCAAUUGGACAAGCCAACCUCAGCCUGGGUUUUAUACGCUGCCCGUGAUGGACAGCUAUCUUCGGCACCAGCUGUUUCCCCCCAACAAGGAGAGAAUGAGGACUGGAGACGGAGACGGCAGAUCGGGGUGUUCCCCGUCCGCGAACCUCAGAGCGACGGGAUACUGCUUAAAUUCCCUCAGACGGAGAUCAAUUUCACUCCCAAGGUGCCGCUCCCGGGCACGUAUGUGGUUGCGGUCCAUUAUCACCAGCCUGAACAUACCUCCUUCCCUGUUGAGGUCCAUGUGGACGCAGGGCGUGAGUGGAAGGGUUCGGUAAACGCAUCCUUCUGUCCCGCCGUCUCAGGCUGCAGGGAGGUUGUGACCGCUGAUGGGCGCAUUGCCUUCGACUUUGAGCAGAGUUCUUGGCAGCUGCCCAGCAUCUCUUUGAUCGUGCCACCUACAAAGACACUUAUUCUGGAUCAUAUCUUGUUGAUUCCCGAUAGCAGUUACACCCCAGAUCUCCUGAAAGAGAAGCCGCUGGAUAAAUCUGCACAUUUCAUACAGCAGUGCAGAGGAGAAGGGUUCUAUAUUGACCAGAGAACCUCUCCCCAGUCCUGCAGAGACUCUGCCCGCUCUCUUGUAGCGGCCUAUAAUGACGGAGCGCUGCCUUGCGACUGUGACAAGUCCGGCUCUACCGGGACCACUUGCCAGCCAGUUGGAGGACGGUGUCCCUGCAGGCCGCACGUCAUCGGUCGGCAGUGCACUAAGUGCGCCACAGGAUACUACGGCUUCCCUUACUGCAGACCGUGUGAAUGUGGCCGCCGGCUGUGUGACGAGGUGACCGGACGCUGUAUCUGCCCGCCUCAGACGGUGAAACCUGCCUGCGAUGUGUGCCAGGGUCAGACUUUCAGCUAUCACCCAUUGCUGGGCUGCGAGGGCUGUGGAUGCUCUCCCGAUGGCAUCAAGGCCAACGCAGGCCUUGACUGUGACCUCAUCACCGGACAGUGCAGUUGCAAGCCUCGGAUUGGUGGGCGGCAGUGCGACCGCUGUGCCGCAGGUUAUUACCGCUUCCCUGACUGUGUACCGUGCAGCUGCAACCGGGGCGGCGUCACAUCGGACAUCUGCCACCCAGACACAGGCAGGUGUCUCUGCAAGAGGAAUGUUGCUGGCGUCAAGUGUGUGACCUGUCGGGAAGGUUCCUUCUAUUUCGACCCCUCCAAUCCUCACGGCUGUACCAGCUGCUUCUGCUUCGGAGCGACUGACCAGUGUCAGAGCUCCAGCAAACGCAGGGGGAAGUUGGUGGAGAUGCAGGUGUGGCGCUUGGAAAGCCCCGAUCAGGGGGAGGUCACCUCGGUGUUGAACACAGCCAGUAACACCGUGGUGGCAGACAUCCAGGAGCUCCCUCCGACAGUUCAAACUCUACACUGGGUGGCACCAUCGUCCUACCUGGGAGACAGGGUUUCGUCUUAUGGUGGUUUCCUCACCUACCAGUCCAAAUCCUUUGGGAUUCCCAGUGAGGGCAUGACUCUCAUGGACAGGAGACCUGAUGUCGUGCUGACUGGUCAGGAUAUGACCCUGAUCCACAUGGCUCCACAAGUCCCACUUCCAGACAGGCUGUAUCAGGCCAGGGUCCAGCUCUUGGAGAGAAACUGGCGCCAUGCUGUCACCAACAGGCCGGUCUCCCGAGAGGAGCUGAUGAUGGUCCUAGCCGGUCUGGUUGGCUUGAGGAUCCGAGCCUUGUACUUUACUCAGACCCAGCGACUCAGUCUAGGAGAGGUGGGCCUGGAGGGGGUGACUAACACAGGGACUGGUGGUCCUGGAAACACGGUGGAAGAUUGUUCCUGCCCGCCUCAGUACACCGGAGACUCCUGUGAGAAAUGUGCUCCUGGUUACUUCAGAGACCGCAGUGGGCUUCUCCUGGGCCGCUGUGUGCCCUGUGAGUGCAACGGUCUGGCUGACGAGUGUGAAGAGAGGACAGGAAAGUGCCUGAGCUGUCAGUUCAACACGGCUGGGGAUCGAUGUGAGCGCUGCAAAGACGGUUACUAUGGAAACGCGGCUCAGAAGGCAUGCAGAGUUUGCCCGUGCCCAUUCAGCCUGCCUGCAAACAAUUUUGCGAUAGGUUGCAAAGAAGUAUUUGGAGACUUUGAGUGUAAAUGCAGAGCCGGCUACCGCGGAGACAAGUGUGAGAGUUGUGCUUCUGGUUACUACGGUGAUCCAUUGAUACCAGGAGGAAGUUGUCGGCCCUGUAAUUGCUACGGCAAUGGAAACAACUGUGAUCCCAGGACUGGAGUUUGCAAGAACACACUGGAGCCGGGAGACACAAACACAGACGAGCACUGCCACGAGUGUGAUAAUUGUGCUCAGACUUUACUACAUGAUCUGGAGAAGCUGGAUUAUGAGCUGGGAAGGAUCAAGAAUAAAAUGGACAACGCCAGUGCCAGUGCCACAUCUCAGGACAGGCUGAAGAAGCUGCAAAAGGCUGUGUCAGACACCAAGAUUCUCGUCAACAAAUUCGGCUCCGCCGUAAACACCCAGAAGUCCAGAGUCAACCAGCUGGAAGAGGAUGUGAGCACUCUCUCAGAUGACAUCAGCACACUCAAAGACAAGGCAAAUAAGAGGGCUGCUGAUGCUGACAAGGCUGUGGCCGAUGUGGGAAAAACCCACAAGAGGGCCAAAGAUCUGGACUCAGAGAUUCAAAACAUGCUGAAGAAAAUCCAAGCUCUGCUGGACCAACUGAAGGAUGCAGGCACAGGUGGUGAUGCGGUGCCCAAUGAUAACCUGGCUAAAAUGCUCGAAGAUGCUCAGCGCAUGGUGAAGGAGAUGAAGGAUAGGAACUUCACCCCUCAGGAGACAGCUGCGGAGAAAGAACGAGACGAGGCUAUGAAACUGCUGGACCAUGUCAAGGCUAAUCUCACUAAGCAGUGCGACAAGAACCAGGCUGCAGCCGAAAAGCUUCGGGGCCUUCUGAAGGGUUACGAGGCCAAGCUGAAGGACCUGGACAAGGCUCUGAAGGAGGCAGUGGACUUGGUGAAAAAAGCCAAUGCCCAGAACGGGCUCAAUGCUCAGACACUGGGAGAUCUGCAGAAACGUAUUAAAGACUUAAAACAGGAGCAGAAGACUGUUGAAGACCAAAUGACCAUGGCGGAAAAAGAGCUGCAGAAAACCGAAGACUUGGUGAAGAUGCUAUCUGACAGCAAAACGGAAUAUGAACAGCUGGCAGCACAGAUGGAUGGCGCCAAGACUGACUUGACGAAGAAGGUGAAUGAGAUUGCCAAUGCCGCUGCCAAGAAGGGCAUUGUGGAGGCUGCAGAGGAACAUGCUAGGAACCUUGACAAGCUGGCAAGGGACCUUGAGAAUGCUGUUAAGAACACAAGUGGACGGCCUGAAGUUCGGAACGCCAAAGACGCUAUCGAUGCCUACAAGAACAUCACAGAUGCAGUUAAUGCCGCUGAGGCUGCAGCUAAUGAGGCCAAAGGUGCAGCAGACAACGCCCUGAAUAAUUUAAACAAACAGAAGCUCACACAAAGAGCGACAGACCUGAAAGAGACUAGUGAUGACCUACUGAAGAAUGCAAAGGAUGCAGAGAAAGACCUUCAAGGCACUGAAGCCGAUGUUACUGACCUGAAGAAACGCUUGAAUGCUGCUGGCAAUAAGAAGAACGCUCUUCAGAAUGACCUGCUCAAUGUGAAGGACACAUUAAACAACAUCAAAAGAGAUGAGGUCAGGGAUAUGAUUGAUGACGCCAAGAAUCAGGCAGCUUCAGCCAAUAACACGGCCACUAACACUAUGAACAAACUGAAUGACAUCAAAAAGGAAAUUGACAAGAUCAAUCUUAGUCCUGUUAACUCCAACCUGGGCAAGGUGCUGGAUGAUGUGGACAAGUCAGUGAAGAACUUGCUGAAAACCAUCCCGUCUCUGAACGAUAAGCUCUCAGAGGUGGAGAACCUGACCUCGCAGUUCUCAACCCUGAGCAACAUAUCUGAGAACAUCAAGAAGAUGAAGGAGCUCAUCGAACAAGCCCGGGAUGCAGCUAACAGGAUUGUGGUCCCGAUGAGUUUCCUGGGCGAUGGCCACGUGGAAAUGCGUGCGCCGAAGAAUCUGGAGGAUCUGAAGGCCUACACGUCCUUGUCCCUGUCGCUGCAGAGACCCGAGGACAGGGGUGAUGGAAGACGUAGACGCAGACAGGCCGGCGACAAAGGAGACAUGUUUGUGUUGUAUCUUGGCAAUAGAGAUUCUUCGAAGAACUACAUGGGUUUGGUUCUGAAGGCCAACGUGCUGUACGGGGUGUACAAGCUCAACGGAGUCGAGUAUUCCAUUCAGUCGGGCUCCAUCUCCAAGUCCCCGUCUGAGCCGGCCCAGUUCGAUCAAGUGGACUUCCAAAGGAUUUACCAAGAUGUACAAAUGAACCUGACCAAAGAUAUCACCUCAAACACUCCCACUGAGCCAAUUGUGAAAAACAACAAAGGGGAGGAGAGCAAGAACCUCCUGGACAUCAGUCCCAGCGAUGUUGUUUUCUACGUCGGAGGCUACCCUGACAACUUCACUCUGCCAGCGUCUCUCAGCUACCCCAAGUACAAGGGCUGCAUUGAGUUCUUCUCUUUAAACAAUAAGGUCGUCAGCCUCUACAAUUUCCAAAAGGCAGAGAAUAUCAAUGUGAAGGUUCCAUGCAAGAGAUAUGUACGUCCAUUGGAUUCUAGCUACUAUGAAGGCACUGGAUAUGGCAAAGUGGUUAUAGAUAAAGAAUCUAGCCUGCUCCUCAUCGGUAUGUCCAUCUAUUCUCGCUCAGAAAACGGUCUGCUGAUAUACAUCGGAAGUGAGGACAAUUACUUCACCGUGACGAUUGAGAAGGGCUUCGUUGUCAUACGUAGUAAUUUGCAAGCCGCUCCAGCUAUAAGUACAUCGAAAACAUUCCCGACAAGCGACUGGUCAGACAUCCUCAUUAUUCGUACAAGCAGUGGGAAAAUGACUGUCCGCAUGUCCAACAAAGAAGUGGUCACAGCCCAAACUAGCUACGACAACAAAGCAUUUAAAGAAUUCUAUAUUGGUGGCGCCCCACAAGACAUGAGGGAAAAAUAUAAUAUCACCACACUGCCAUUUAAAGGAUGCUUGAAGAAUAUGAAGCUGAAUAAAAACUUUAAGCCUGUUACCGACCCAGUGGGCAUCAGCAAAGGGUGUCCCACGGACUCCUUGGUUACUCGUAAAGCUGAGUUCAGCUUGGGGAGCUCCCUGACAUCUAACCUCAAAGGCUUUAGUCUGGCCAAUGACGUCACUGUCUCCCUCGGAUUUAAGAGCACAGAGGACCAGGGUGUCAUUCUGCAGGGCCAACAGACGGGUCAUAAGAUUGAUCUUGUGUUGGAAAAUGGCCAUGUGAUUCUCCAUUUCAGCAAGAUCUGGAAAUCAAAUGAACAAUAUAACGAUGGCCAGUGGCAUUAUUUGACUGUAACCAGAAGAGGUGAAAGUGUCAAGGUGGUUAUUGAUGACCAAGACACGGGUCGUGAGCUGGGUGACAGCAAAGCCGCACCUAGCACAGGAGACAUCUUUGCCCUGGGAAAAAACACGUUCAAGGGCUGCAUCGCCAACCUCUACACGAGACGGCCAGACAAUAUGUACAGGCCUGCAGACUUCAGCACCUUCCAGACUUCUGGAGAUGUCUUGCUGGAUGUGUGUACUGCUGACACUCUUCCUCAACUGAUGCUGGACCGCGCCUUUAAGAAGGAUGUUGUGAUGCAGGCGACCAAUGAGACUCUAUCAACAUGUGCAUUGCCUGCCUUGAUUCAAAAUGCUUAUCGCAUGGGUGGCCCUGUCAGCGGCCUGAGCUACAGCCUCCCACUGCAGGUCCUGCGGCCCAGGCCCCACUUUUCGUUGGAUGUCAGGACUCGAGCUCUUGAAGGCCUCCUGUUCUUUGCGGCUACCAGAGGAGGGCGCUCUCAUCUCGUUUUAUACAUAUCCAAGGGCCGGAUCAGACUGUCUGUGGGCAAACAGAAGGAGAUCUUCAACAGGGAGAAGUACAACGAUGGGAAGUGGCACUCGGUCAUUUUCAGUUUGGAGAAGAAGACAUUUCGAUUGGUUGUCGAUGGGAUCAGAGCCCAGGACGGUCUUCUGACAAAUGCUGAGUUGACAUCCAUGCAGCAAUUUGUGUCGCCUGUGUACCUGGGCAGUGCCCCAGAGUCCCUUCACAGGGAGCUGAAGUUGAAGGCCCUUCCCAAGCAAAGUGUGUCCGGCUGUAUCCGCAAUUUUAAAAUGAAUGGAGCACCGAUGUCAAAUCCGACCACGAACCACGGUGCUGGCCCCUGCUUCGAGGGACAGACGCAGAGAGGGGCCUAUUUCUCAGGGAAUGGAGCACAUGUCAUUCUCAAUGACUCCUUCAUCGUGGGCUCCAGCUUUGAGCUGCUGUUUAAUAUUCGUCCGCGUAGCCCGACUGGACUCCUGCUCCAUGUUGGUGAUUCCAGUUGGAACCAAUAUGGGCCCGCAAUGGGCCACUACCUCACUGUCUACAUGCUCAGAGGAGAGGUCGUGGCACAAGCAAACAACGGCAAAGGGGAGUUCAGGGUGUCGGUGAAGCCAAAGGUUUCUUUAUGCGAUGGAAUGUUCCACAAGAUUUCAGUAAUCAAGAGGAAGAAUGUUGUGCAACUGCACGUGGACACAAUGGACCAUUACAAGAUCGGACCACCUUCGUCCACUGUAUCUUUGACCAAAGACUCGUUGUAUGUGGGUGGCAUUCCCGAGAUGGCAAUGCAACAGGCGCUCCCCGUCACGUCGUCCUUCGUGGGAUGCAUCCAGGACAUGAGGAUCAACGGUGACUCAGUGUCCUUCGACAGGCCGUCUGGUGUGUUCGGUCCGGUCAACCUCAAAGAGUGUCCGGGCUGAGCGCCUCGUCGCAUCUUCACCAAACCAACCUUGGGACCACGUCCACCGCCAACCUUGUGCAAUCUGAUACCAAGACAGCGAAUGUGUUUGUGUGUGAGAAUGGGGAUUUUAUGAGGUGUGCAAUUCAGUGUGUGUGUGCGUGUGUCUGUCUGUGUGUAAAAUAGAGAUAUGAGCAGCAGCUUACAGGUUCAUAAUAUUUGCUGGUCGGUUAAACAUUUCUGUAUUUAUUUUGUGGUAUAAAUCAUGUAUCAGGGCACCACUUCACAUAUUUUAACAGUUGUUUUUUUUAAGUCUCAUGUGUUGGUCCAUUUGAUUUUCUGUCGACAAUCAAAUGCUUCUGAACUGGCUUGUGAUUGGUCAGGGCUGCAGCAGGAUCAACCCAGCACUCUAGGAAAACAAAGGAGGCCUUUUUGAUGGUGCUUUAAUGGAGAUCAACAUUGUUAGUUUGAUCUUUCUUUUUUUGUUUGUUUUGUUUCUUUGUUGGAAAGUUUAUACAAGAAUAAUUACGUUUACACCCGCUGCGAUCAAUUUAGUGACAUUUCAGGGGCUGUUUUAUUUACAUAUCCACAUGCCAGCAUUUAAAAUUAUGUAUUUGAACUGGUCAAUAGUCGUGGAAAGCGCAUGUUUUUUCACCAUACAUGAGUUUUCUGUUGUUCUGAAUUAAUUCUCAAUUUUGCAUUCCUUUUCCAUGCAUGAGGGUGUAAUGUCAGUGACACAAGAAAUCAGCAUGAAGUUUGUGGAGCAUUGUCUAUGAGUUGAAAACAACUUAGACUGGCUUCUAAUACGUCUCACAAGUCAUAUUUGGGACCAUUUAGUCCAUAUUUCCAUAAUAUUGAUUGUAAUAAUACCAAAACAUAAACAUGUAUUUUAUGUAUUUAAACUCCCCAGCAAAUGUUUACUUACCUGCUUUGUACAUUUGUGGAAAAAUGUGUGACAAAUGAAAAAAAUAUGCAUGAUGAUUGGACAUAAUGAUUUUGAGAUGCAUUCCUGUCUUGUGACCACUAAUUUGUAAGCUAAUUUGUAAUUAAUGUUCUUUAUAAAUACUUCUCAGUGCCAUAAGUAUUUCUUGAAAAAUAUAUUUUGUCAUUGCAUUGUUUUUAGACAUCUGGGGAUUCAUUCUUGACGUCUCAUUUUGUUAUAUGCCUGUUGCCUCAACUCCUAUCUCCUUGUGUCGCUUCCUUGCCUCCUCCGCUUGUGUCUCAGGUGGGAGGGACUAAGAUGCUGAGGGGAGGAGGUUAGGAAAGGAAACGAGGAUGUACAUACUGAGACAUGAGAAGAGCCCACAAUCUGAACACAAUAGACAUGUUAACUUGGUAACAGGCAACAGCUAUCAAAAUAAAGUAUGGGAUAAAGUAGGGCCGAAAGCGUGCAGCAUAAAUACAUACAGUGAGCCAAUAUGUUGUUCGGUCCCGUCUAAAGGGAAUAAAGGUAUCCAUCCCUUAAAGGUCCAAUAUAUUUGAUUGCACCAGUGGAAGCUUUGUGGAUGCUGUCAUGAAUAAUAUAACACUACCCUAAAAUACAUAUUUUUGUACGUGUCCAUUAUAAAGUACACCACAUAUAUGUAUGUUGUCAUCAGUGAUCCUUCAACAUUGACAUUUGUCAUAAUGAUGAUACCCUGUGCUCCACUGCCACUGAGAGAUGACACUUGUAGAGAUGCUAAUUAACAACCUGUAUUCUCACCAUAAUGUAAUCAGAUCAAGAAGAGU